AUGCUGAUGGCAACUCAACAUCCGGAUCUGGCUCAGGCCUCAACUCCACUGUUGCUUCUGCUACAAGUGGCUCAGGCUCAGGCUCAGGCUCAGGCUCAGGCUCUGGAGUCAACUCUGCCUCUGCUACUGCUUCCGCUACCAGCAGCUCUGGUUUCAACUUUUCAAACAGCACCAACACUGAUUUUGUUCCCCUUCCCACCCCUUGGAUCAGGAUCAGGCUCUGGUUCUGGGUCUGCCUCUGCUACUGCCCUCGCUACUAGUGGCUCUGGCUCUGGCUCUGGCUCUGAUUCUGAUUCUGCAACCAAUCCCUAUAUCAUUGGGCUGCCUACUCCUGUUGGUUCUGACAACAAUGCUGAUGGCAAUUCUGCUUCAGGAUCUGGUAAGCCAACUGCUACUGGCUCUGUUACUGUUGCCGCCCAGAACACUCUCGCUGCUUCUCAAGAAUGGACAACUAGCACCGUGUUCACCAGCAAGGUCUAUACCAUCACCUCCUGCAAGCCUGACGUUCCUUGCACCAAGGGUCAGGUUGUAACCUCAACGAUUGCGUUGUACACCACUGUUUGCCCUGUUACCGCAGUGUCUUCUGCUACUGCCAAGCCCACGACCACUGCUCCUCCUCAGUGGACCACCAGCGUUGUCUACAAGACAAAGACUUACACAAUCACCUCGUGCGCCCCCACUGUGGUAUACUGCCCAGUUGGCCAGGUCACCACCAAGGUCGUGCCGUGGUACACCACCGUUUGCCCAGUUACUGCCACCACGCCUAGCGGUAAUAAGCCCUCUGGCGAAGUUCCCAACCCACCCAAGAACAACGGUGAUGUCCCUAAGACGACUGGUGGAUCAGGCGGUCAGGGAGGUCAGGGAAGCCAAGGUGGCCAGGGUGGCCAGGGUGGCCAGGGUGGUGAUGCUCCCAAGCAGACUGGCAAGGGUGGCAACCAGGCUUCAGGCGGCGGUGCCAACCCUCCCAAGCCGACCGCGACGCCUGUUGGCCCUGGCGGCGAGAAGUGCACCGGCACUAACUGUGUCAACAACGGAGGUGUCCAGGACACUAGAACCACCGUCAAGACGACCUUGACAGUCGCCGUUCCCAUGGGCGGCAAGUCUAACUCCACAUCCACCCUCGCAGGCACCGGUAGCCCCGGCAAGCCUACCUCGGCCGGUACUCCGGUGCCGAGCAAGCCUGUGCAGGCAGGUGCGGGCAAGCUGGGCGCCUUCGGGGCCGCGGGCUUGGCAGCCGUUGCUGCGGCCUUUCUUUUGUAA